AUAAAUUAAGUAUAUUUGAAUCAGAAAUGUAUUGCGAAACGUCCUCAAAUCAUCAUUUAAUGCAUCAAUUCAAAGUUCACAACUCGGAGUUAAAAACUAUGACUGUAGGGCAAGGCUUAUUAGACACCAAUAUUUUGAUGAACAGCUGAGCCCAAAAGAGGCGUAUAAGGAAGUGUUUCUGAGGAUCAGAGGGGCACCUCAGUAGGAAGAACAGCCUCUUGAUAUUAAGAGGGGUGCCUCAGUAGGUAGAAGAGCCUUAAAUUGAAACAAUGGCAGAACACCCAGAAGCAUCCCGCCAAGAUAGUGGUAUUGGGAGCCCUGGACUUGCAUCGCCUCAUCAGAAUGGACACCUUGCCUCAACAGAAGACCCAGGGUCAGUCCACUCAUAUUCUAUGGAAGCCACUGAUGUUGUGAACACGCGACUCAGUGACAUGAAACUUGAGGAAGGAAACAUGCGACGUAGAAGCGCCUCGAUGCUGGAAGUUAAAGAUAAAGCAAGUGUCAGAAUACAUGAGGAGCUUGACAAAGCACAAAUGGAAUUAAAGCUUAAAGAUGAGGAGGUUGUUAAACUACAGCAUGUUAGAGACCAGAUGGGACUGGAGAUUGAAGAACUCACUGCCAGUCUCUUUGAGGAAGCUAACAAAAUGGUUCAAGAUGCCAAUGUAAAGAGGAUGCAUGCAGAGAAGCUGUUGAAGGAAGCACAAGCUAAGGUUGAUAUUCUCCAAGCAGAGGUGGAAGCUUUGAAAAGUCUGGUAAUAACUUCAACACCCAGUAACCCUAACAAGCACCUGCAGCACUUGGGACAUCAACGACGACGUAGCGAUGACACACGGUUUAUCAACUUAACAAAAAAAUCAUCAACACAUCACGAUUUUAGAAAAAUAUCUGCACAGCAAAUUGAAACUCCACCCAGUCCCACUCAACAAGUGGAUCAGAAAGAAACAAAGGAAGAGAAUAAGGAGAUUGAUCCUGUCUUCUUUGAGGAGUUCAAAACUUGGAGAUUGGCACCCAGUCUUGAUACCACUAGUCCAUUCUUCAAUACAAUAAAUAGGGAAGAUAUACAGCCUUGCCUCAAAUUCACACAAAAACAGCUUUCUAGUGCAGUAUUAGAAAAUAUCCAGCAAAAUACUCUUACCAUGGAACCUUUUGGGGAGAAGAACCCGUUCCCCAGGAAAUGUGCCUUAACAGAUGCAAGCAGAGUUUGCAAGUUCAGAGUACAACUGGCCAGUCCUAGUUCAUCACAUGUCAUAUGUCAAUUCGCCAGAGACAGGGUUGCUGCGGUGUGUGACUUCUAUACAUAUAUACGGUACAUUCAUCAAGGUCUCGUCAAAAGUGAAGAUCAAGAUGUUUACUGGCACAUAAUAAAACUACGCAAACAGAUGGCGCUGUCAAGAUUAGGCCUAGGAUAGGGGCAUAUUUAUAGGUUGUACUUUAUAUAGCUAGGUGACAGACUGUGCAAUGAAUGGGCAUCACAAGUUUACAAUUUAACUAGAAGAGAAAAUAAUUUGAAAUGAGGAAACCAUCAAAAUAACUGCAACAAUAGAAUGUAUUCUGGAUUGUGUAUUGUCCAGAAAUCGUCAAGUUUACAUCUUAAGCCAUGAAGAGCAAUGUCUUCACUGAAUGUCUCCCAUUGCAAUACAAAAUAGUAAAUGUAUUUUUUUAUUUGAAUGUGUUUACUCGAUUUAGUUUUAUUUGUAAAGAUUUUUUAACCAAUUUAUGUAUGGCCAUUUUUUAAAUCAAUAUUUUAUCACACUUUUAUGAGGCGUUUACCUUGUUUCAACGAAGAUUGUAAUACAAGAAACAU